AUGACGAGAAAAUUAAGCAUCAUUUAUGAUGAUCCUGAUGCUACUGAUUCAUCUUCAUCCGAAGAUGAGUCAAUGUUGAUUGUGAAGCCAAGAAAAAUAAAACGAAGCAUCCGUGAGAUCUCACUGCCCCUUGUUUUUGCCUUCCCUACCUCCCUUGAUAUUAGCUCAGAUGAGGAGAAUAAUGGCAAUGCGUUGAAGACUUGCAUUGAAGGUCAACCUCAAAACAGUAAGAGGGUUUCAACCCAAUCCCCUUCAAUGAGGAGGCAAUCUUCUGCCAAAUACAGAGGUAUUCGGCAGAGGAAAUGGGGAAAGUGGGUUGCUGAGAUUCGUGAUCCGUUCAAGAGGUCCCGUGUCUGGUUAGGCACUUACAACACUGCAGAAGAGGCUUUUCAAGUCUACGAGGCCAAAAGGCUUGAAUUUGAAGCUAUGGCAAAGGCUCAAACCCAAAACAAUGGUUCUUCUGCUGCCCUUUUGGCUGCAACUUCUGAAAAGAAAAAGAUUUCUACUGCUUUGGAGGACUCGGAGAGCGUGUUCUCACAGACAUUGCCAUCGUCUAUGCUUGAGUUGGAUACCUCAGCUUCCAAUUCGAUGGAGAAGGAUAGUAUUUCAAGCAAUGAAGCCGUUGAGGCCAAUGAUUUUCUGACUGAUCUGGCGGGGUUGGAAAUACCGGAUUUGAGUCUGAUGAACUUGCCUCCACCAUCUGCUGCUGCUGAUCCGUCUGGGUCUGCUGCUGCUGAUCCGUCUGGGUCUGCUGCUGCUCCAUCUGGGUCUGAGCCCAACCUUGGGCUUGAUAUUGAUUGGUUAUUGUUUGAUGAUUAUGUGCAGAGUUUUGAUGAUCUUGGUGACCUGCAAGAUAUCCAAAUUUCUGGGUUUAAUGACAAUGAGUCUAGUGAGAUUCCUGAACUUUGA